AUGGGGCAGGCGGCCGCCGUGGGACGCCUCUCCCCGCAAGACCCAUGCGCCAUCGUCGCCACCGUCUCCGCGGCGACCGGCACCGGCGGCGGCAACAGCUCGUCGUCGCCGCAGGUGGACAUCCCCAUGACGCACCUGUCGGCGUCGGGCGCCGCCGCCCUGCUCCACCUCCCGCUCGGCGGUGCCGGUGGCGGUGGUGCCGGAUCCCUGGCCGCGGCGACGGCUCGCUGGCGCAGGACGGGAGCGCUCGCUUGCCAGCCCGGAGCCGGAGGGGACGGAGGAACGCGCGGAACGGACUCGCCGAGCGACGGCUUCCUGCUGCUCCACGGGAAGGGCGCCGAGGGGCGUCUGCUGGAGGGCAGGAAGUCCCCGCUCCCCCCCGCCGGGGGUUUCAGCAACUCCGACAGCCAGAAAGGCUCGGGGAACGAGUCCCCUGCCGCGCCACUGGGAAAGCCGGCGGGCGUCUUCCGGCAGGACGCCGUCGCCGCCCUGCGCUCCCGCGCCACCGACGGCUUUUCCGGCUCAGAUUCGGCUCCCGAGAUUCUCAGUCGCCGCCGGAUCAGCCGGGAAGCGGCGCCGCCCGCCCCGGGACGGACGUCCGAUGUCGCCAACGGCCACCACCGCCGUGCGACGCCGUCGGCGGUGGCCGCGGCCGAGAGCCGCGGACGACGCGGCCAGCUCCGCCAGCUCCGUGUCGCCACCGGCGGCGGCCGCGGAGCAGAUGGCGAGCCGGGACACGCCCUCGGCAGCACGGAGAGCAGCGACUCGGACUCCGCGAGGCCGCGGCGGCGCGGGCGGCCGCGGCGCGGGCGCGGCGGCGCCAACGACGGGAGAGGAGGAGGGCGACAGCAAGUCCCCGAGGCGAGCGAGCUGGGCACCAGCCCCGAGUACGAGCAGAUCCACUCGGCCGAGACGAUCGAGGCCAUCUUCAACGACCGCGGCAUCUACGCGCUGGAAACGACCGACUUCACCACGCCCGUGCCGCCCAACGCCGGCGCCGGCGCGAGGCCCGGGACGGCGGCGGCGGGAGCGGCGGCGAUUCUGACGGCUGUGGCGACGAGGCCCGGCCGGCGGCGAGCGGAGAAGUCGUCGAGCCUGUGGGACGCGCGUCCCGAGCGGCUCGCGCCGUCGAGCGGCGCGGCCAGCGCCGCCGGCAGCCUCCGGCACCGCCCGGCGGGGGCGUCGGCGUUCGACGCGUACGGCGACGGCGCCGGUGCCGGCGCGGCUGCGGCGAUGGCCGUCGUUCCGGAGCCUGCCGGCUACGCCCCGCGGCGUUCCCCCCGCCCGCUUCUCGGUUUCUCGCCGCCAGCUCGUCCCUCCGACGCCCGUAGCCCAAAUUACAGCGCCGCCCAGCAGCAACCGGCAGAUGGCGACGAUGUCGACGGCGGCGGCGGCGUCGGGCGCGCUCCGCUGCUGUCCGGGAGCCGGGCCUCGGCCUUCGCUCAGGCCCCUCCCAAGGGCCCCGCUGGGCAGCUCGGUGAGCGUCUCCACGUUCCCGCAGAGCGCGCCGAGGUGGCCACCGCGGGGCCCGGUGCGGUGGCUCAGCGCACCGUGUCGGCGGCGCCGGGCGGUGUCGGCGGCGGAGGAGGAGGGGCAUACGGCUUCGCGACGGCGCUCUGGCCCGGCGACGGGGGAGAGCGGCGUAAAGCCGGGGGGCUGUUCCACGGCACGGGAGGGCGACGGCGUCGCGGCACCGGGCGCCGGCGGGCCGCGCCGGCGCCCGCCGUGGCCGGCGGAGCGGGCCCCCCGACGCGGCCCUCGGGGGCCCGGCCGCCCCUCGGCAAAUCGUUCAGCUUCACCGAGGUGGACUCGGGCACCCUCCUCCUGCGGGCUUACGGCAUCGAGACGGACUGCACCAGCUUCGGGCCCAGCUCGCAGUCCCAGCAACAACAGCAGCGGGGUCAGGAUGGUGAGCUACUACCCCUCGGCUACGAGGACCUCGGCUCCGACUGGCUGGAGGAGCUGCCGUCCAUCUCGCCCCAAGGCGCGCGCCGUCAAGACCUCCUCGCUGUGGGCGCCGGCCCAGGGGUUCGGGCCCCACGCCGCUGCCGGCUCCGGCGCCGCUGCCGCAGCCGCCGCGGCCGCCAAGCCUGCUUCGUCACCGAACCGCUUCACCGGCAGGAGGGCUGGGACUCUAGCGCUGGCGACCAAUCAGGCGGCGGCCCGCGGCCAGCCACGCGGUGGCGGCGACGGCCAAUCACGGGGCUGCCGGCGGCGGCUCCGCCGGCGGUGGCUCAUCGACGAGUGACUGCGGCGCAGAGGAGGGCGGCGAUGGAGAGGAUCAACUCGCUGGCCGGUGCCGCCGGCGCGCUCCGACAGCUACGGCAGGAUCGGGCGUUUGCGGCGGGCGGACAGCCGUCGGGGCCCGAUCCGACGCCCGUGUCACCGCCGGCGAGCGAGAGCGACCACGAGUACGUGAACUUCUCAAGCGCGGGCGGUACGCCGGUGGACACCGCCUCCGGCUGGUCUGGGGCGAGCGCCGGGUGGACGCGGGACCUCGUGCAAAUGGGCGCCCGCGGCCUGGGGGGCAGCGGAGCCGCCUGGAGCAGCCAGAGGGAGUCACGCGAGCGCCUCGUGAUGAGGCGGAGCGACUAUGGCGUGCUCGCCAAGCACCCGUCGCAGCUGAGCGUGGCGAGCAACCCGUCCUUCGAGCCGGACCUGGGCCUCACCUCUCCGCGCGGCGCCGGUGGGGGUCCCGUGCCCCCCACGCCGUCCGUGCCUCCUUCGCCGGCUCCCCCAUCGGGACUCGCCGCCCGGCUCCCAAGCUCGGCACCCAUCCCUACCCGCUAG